GGCCUUGUUUGUGGUCUGUUCUCCGAGAGUGCUCUCGCUUGGUGUGCUGUGCACCAUAGUUGAUUGUCUCACUGUGUGGUUUCGCGUUGCCAAAACUCUUCUUUGGAAAAAUUUGGCUUCUGAGCCAAAAAGUUCUGAUGUCAUUUUCGGAUGUUCGCAGAUUUCGUUUUGCAUGUUGCAUGCCUUUCGGUCUUGUGAAAUGAUUUCAAGCAUUUAGUGGAUUCAGGUCUCAUGUGAUUCAGCCAUUUUGGCUCAAGAAGAUCUGGGCUCCUAAGAUUUCAGGUAGAGGGGGACGCGGUGCCUUCCAACAAAGUUGGACGUAGGGCCGGAUGCCAUGUGGCCUGCGGUGGAGCCUGGAUUGCUGGCAUGGUGCCAGAGGACGUUUGGAACUCCUUUGAGGUUAGACGCUGCCUUUGAUACAGAAAGUGAUUGUGAGGCCUUGGUGAAGACUGCUUUUCCUGACAUGGUUGAAGAACACGUGUUAGAUGCAGUUGCGCAAUUGGUGCAGUGGAAAGAAGACACUGUGAGGUUGCAUAAGAGGGCAAGAAGUUCGAUUCACCAGGGUCCACAAGUACAGGAAGUUUACACCAGCCUUCUUCGCACUAGCAAUUUAUGUAUUUUAGAGAUGCAUUCGAAGAGAAAGCAGCGCAAGUAUAGGGAUGAAGCUCCUGACGCGAGGUCCAGACACUUUGAGGCGGAGCGGGUAAAGUAUUCCAUGUUGUUGGCACAGGUCAUCAUUGGCGCCAAGCUCCCAGUGGUUGAACUGGUUCAGUCCUUGGACGACCCGCGUUCUGGAUGGGUGCACAUUUUUGCUGCACGGAGAGCUAACACUCUGAAGAAUAGGUAUCAGGUCUGGAAGCCUUUUCAAACUUGGUUGGAAGUUCACAGGGGUUACACUUUUCCUCAAGGUGUCAAAGAUGUCAUUGACUACAUGCAACACAGGGUCGAUGACGGGUGCGGCAAAACAGUCCCGGAUUCGCUCAACACCACCUUGGGCAUGUUGGAGCUCCUCGGAAGGGUUCCUGAGAGCCAGAGGAUUAGUUUUGAUCCUUUGUGGAAGGGGCAUGUCAAAUCUUGGUGUGCGGAGUUGGCCGAAGAUGCACCACCCCGGAAGCCGGCAGAGAUGUAUACAAUUGCAAUGCUGCUGUCACUCGAAUUGGUGGUUGGGGACGAAGAUGCAGUGUUAUUUGAAAGGGCCUUGGCUUGGGUGGUCUUGUGUAUGGUGUGGGGUGCAAUGCGUUGUGAUGAUGUGCAAGCAAUCAUCCCACAUCGGUCAGUGCUGUCGAACAUGGGGCUCCGCUUGGUGUUAGGUCGUAGCAAGACCACUGGUCCGGACAAGGUGCAGAAGGAGGUGUCUGUUCAUAUCCAUAGGCUCACUUCGUUGACUGGGGUUGACUGGAUUAGGACGGGUUUUGACCUUUGGGGUGAAGAACCCUUGAACUUCAGGCGGGACUAUUUGGUCAUGGAACCACUGUUGGACUGGACUGGAGUGAAGCGCAAGUUUUUGCCGCCGAGCGGGUUGAGUUCUCAGAUCCUCAAGCUGUUAUCUGCAUUGCCGCGCCCACAGAGGACGGCUGGAGGCUGGAAGUCCAUGCACCCUGCUUUGCUCCUCCCUGACGGGAUAGAGGCACAUUUCUCAGGGCAUAGUCCGAGAAAUUUUUUGACCUCCGUCGCUGCUGUACUCGGUUUUCCAAAGGACCAACGUGCUUAUUUGGGAAGGUGGAGCAUGGGAAUGGUUUCCUCUGAAGAAUAUGUUCGCACUUCGAGGCAGGUUGUUUUCAAGAUCCAAAAGGCAGUUUGUCAAUCCAUCCUGGAGGGUUUUGGCGAGCUGUACCACGAGGACGAAACAAUUGGGAGGCUUUGUGAGUAUGCAGUUUCAACUGGGGCAAAUCCUGCUCGAAUAAAGAAGAAGCAUGCAGUCAUGUACGAUGUCGGGGGCCGUGUCUGCCUCCAUUCGAAGUAUCCUACAUUGGAGAAUUGCUGGGACUUGUUUGAGGCUGACGGGACUGCAGAGUCAGACGAUGUUCUUUGCAGGGACGUGGAGGCCCAGGCACGGAGAGAAGCAGAGUCCAAGCCUCAGGAGUGUAAGUUCUUCAUCACAGUCUCCCGAAGGACAGCAAUGAAGCGGCUGCAUUUGGUGGGUUGUUUCGUGAAGCCUGAACAUUGCGGCGAGGUCAUCUUUUGUAAUGAAGUGGUUGAGAAUGAUUUUGAUUCCAUUUGCCAAGCUUGCAAGAAGAAGAUGGCAAAGGAGUGUGGUAAGGAAGGUUCAGACCAUUCUUCCACAGCGUCCUCCUCUUCGACGGAUUCAGAUCCGAGAGGAGACGAUUGAGAGUCGAGCGCGCGCCGCAGUGGAAAGGAUCGUGAGGUUGCCAGUGUUGCUGUGUAUUAAGAUGCGUGAAGGCCACUUUUGGUAGCUUGGGUCCGCG